GCAGCAGCAGCAGCAGGUCGCGCGUUGUUCCUUCAACUGCAGUCAGCGAUACAGUCGCACCGGCUGCUGCUUCUGCCGCGAAUGAGCAGUACUCUCCCCCGCAGCUGGUGGCGGCCUUGCGAGAGACGUCGGCGCAGUCGCCGCCGCUGGGCGUGGAAGGGAUAUUUUCCGCGAUGGCCCGGGACGACGUCUUUGUGAACGAGCUGUGGCAGAAGAAGCCCUUCUUCUGCGACGCGAGCCUCCCCAGCCUGGCCGGCCAGUACACGCUGGACGACGUCCAGCAGGCAGUCGACUCAGACUUCGUCGAGGCCGGGAGAGGGACGUUCAGUCAGGGAUCUACGGGGUGGAGGAUGGCGCCGGUGUCGACCCCGAGGGGGAAGAGCUUCGAAGACGCCAAGCUGAGGUUCGACGACGUCAAGAACGCGUUGAAAGAGAAGAGCGGGACUGUGGUGGUGAACAGCGCGGGAGCGUACAUCCGGCCGCUCGCGGGCAUCUGCCUGGACGUGAUGGAGGCGCUGGACAUCCCGGUGUGCCUCAACCUGUACAUCACCGCGGCGGGGCAGAAAACGUCGGCACCUCCUCACACCGACAAGCAGGACGUGUUCGUAAUGCAGACGCAGGGACGGAAGCGAUGGAGGGUGUUCCCGCCCCCGCCGCCGCAGGCCAAGCCCAAGGCCGACCCGAUGGCCCGGGGGAAAGGAGCCGACGUGCUCUCGCUGGACGAGAUGAUCGGGGACGGCAAGCCAGGGGCCCUCGUUGACAUCGUGCUCGAGCCGGGACAGUUCCUCUAUGUGCCGGCAGGGUUUCCGCACACGACGGACACCGUCACCGGCAUGUCCGAAGACGACACCGACCCGUCCGUGCACCUGACGGUGGGCGUCGACACUCACAUCUGGGGGCUCAACUACGCCACGCUGCGGUCGUACUCCUUAUCGAGGUCGGGAAAACAGGACGGAGUGAAGCCGCCGCUCGAGAAGUCCUUGGGCGAGCCGGAGUACUGGAGACUGUUUACGGCGCUACCGCUCGGUUUCCUAGGAGAACGCGUCACGUCCGGCUUGACCAGGUGGUCGCAAAUGAAGAAAGCCCAGCUGGACGAGAUGAUAAGCACCGCGACGCGACUGGAGCGUGACCUGCAGCCGGGGCGGUGGGACGAAGCAGUUGCCGACGAGGAGGCGAGUUUUGUCCUCGGAAGCGAAAAGUUGCAGGAAGUGGCCCAGAAGCUCAUGGACCACCACGCGAAGAUGACUAACAUCUUCAAGGAGAUGUACGGGGACGUCAGAUACGGCCUCACGGACGUGCCCAAGGACUCCUGCUUCCUUCGAUCCAGACCCUACCUCGACCUUGUCGAGAGAACCAUGUCGCAGCUGGUUGAGUGGGGCAGCGUCCGCCCCAGCCCUGCCGUUGCCGUGGACGGGGCGGCGGCGGGCGGGGGUCAAGCGGCGGCGGCGGCAUCGCGUACCCCUUCCUCGGGGUUCGGGGGGGCAGCCGCGGCUUCCCCAAAGAAGGGCGGGGGGGCGAAGAAGAAGAAGUCGAAAAAGAAAUGAAGGAGCCCCGCCUCUUGCUGUAGAAUCCGCACCGUGUUUCUGGCAUGGUUGUUGUCUCGCUUCUUCAAGGCCUUGCUUGUUUUUUUUUUUUCUCACCGCUUGAUUGUCUGUGUCUGCUGUAUAGAGAGUGGGUCGGGGGAUCGAUGUCAGUUUUUUUUUAUCGAGUGGUAUGCAGCAGGUGGUGUAUGGCCGAUGAUGGCAGAGGUUGGACGUUGUAAUAAUGGUGCAGCCCAUUGGAUUCGGUCAAGCCUUCAUAGGAAGACCCAGGUUCCGUGGUCGGGGUUGCUUUUGGGUGGAUGUUGGCAGCAGGGCAUGCUUUGUUGAUUAGACUACUCUACGAGUAUAGCACCAUUGCUUGAAAACGCCCCGGUAUGCAGCAGCUUGUUAGCGCCCGCACGUUGGAACUUGCCAGAUGAGGAAUUGAGCCUCGAAAAAACAAAAUCAAAGCACUUGAGUACCAUUUUUGUGAGCUUUGAGAACCCCUUACUCGAACGGCCAUUCGUAGCAUGGACCCGAGGGACUAAGAACCUUAGCCUCGGCCAAUAGUACAGUUUCUGUGCGGGCGCUAACUGUAGAGCAUAGAUAGUUCGCGGCGCUCCAAUCUGGAAAUACGAGUUCCCCCCACCAAGUACAAGCACUGCAACACGCAUGUAUGUAGGGCCUAUCAGACUCCCGACGAACCUGCCUCGACAUGCUGCUACUGCUGUAGCACCCUAGCGAUCAGCAAUUUACAAGGCGCACACCCCUUGGCAAUCUGGCGUACCUUCCAUCGAGCAUGCAGCUACACUGAUUGUACGUAGCCUUGGCGUGUCCCUUGCCUUCUGAGGGCAGUGAGUCAGGAUGGUAUCAGUAGUAGCGCAUGGCGGCGCAAGUACCAUGCGAACCACGAGCGCCUCAUCGCACCCAACUAGCAGGACGCCGUGUUGCAUCACCGAUGGAAUCGGCACUCUAAGGUCUACUACGGCAGUAGAUUCUAGAUAGGUUCCGUAGACUGCUGUAAAUGCUGCUGAAGGCUAUGUGACCGUAGUACAUACUUCACGUCGUUGUUCGUGUGACGCGAUAGAGGCUGGUGAACCCCAGACCGGCCUGGCCGCAAGGUGUUUGAAGCGUGGGCAAGGGAGGUCUGCACAAUUUCACAUGCUACAUGUUUCAUAGAUGGAGGAUGGGUGGUGACGUCGGCGGAGAUGCGGGUUUUCGCUUCAGAUAUACCGUGUAUGACACGAGAUAAGACACCCCCUGGACCGAUUUUCAAAUAUUGAUUUCUCAACAACAAAAAGAGUCACGGUGCCGAAAACGGCGGCGUUGGAACCGCCUUGUCAAGGGAUUUCUAACACUGUAUCGUUUCGUUUAUUCAUCCUCUUGGUCGUGGAGUAAUCGAGCGUUGAAAGUUGGUCCAGGGGGUGUGUUAUCUUGUGUCAUAUACGGUAGUCUGCUGCAUGUUCCGCCGUUUCGCCGUUUGGAUACUGUAGCUCCGCCAGGGUGGGAGGGAGAGAGGGGUUCAGCAGACGAACGACGGGAUGAGGGUUCUUUGAUGCGUUCACAUAUCUACACAACUUGCUUUGUAUUGAACCAGAUCGGCUCAGAGUAUUUGCAUCACGAGGCGAGAGAAGCGGCGUAUGGUUGGUUUCUUGGUUGUUCACUGCGGGCGCCGUCGCUAUUCUGCCGGCAAACCACACGCCCCAAGAAGCGGAAUGGCGGUUGCAACCAGAUUAUUCAGGAUCCAAUUCCGCCGAACAUGAAUUUUUAGACUACUACGGUAGACCGGAUUGGUAGCCGCCACGUAUGGCCCUCACCACGAGAAGUGGGAGGAUGCACGCGUGCCAUGGUACCGCUGUAUUGCUCAGUCCAGGUUGCCUGUACUCGACACUUCGUCGUGCCGGCAAGAGCACGCUGUAUCUUCCCCGUGUUAGACCUCAGUUUUGCGCCGUUGUUUGGUUACACACAUGAUGACCGGUCGCCCCGGUGGUCUUGUGGGUAGCCUCGCAGCCUGCCAAGGGCCAGGUCAUGGGUUCGAGUCCCGGCAGAGUGAGUUUUUUUCUCACUAAAUAAAUCCUGGUCUAGGAUGAAAGCGACGCGCUGCAAAGUUCGUUGUUAGUAAACCAUAGAUUAAUCGACUUCGUAAGUCGCGAGGGAAGGGAUUGCUGUACCCUUCUCGCUAUAAAAAUACCUCAGGCAGGAACCGCAGGAGGGGGUCCAGCCCCCCCCUCCUAUAUAUGUGACCCCGGUUGGGUCGUCUAGCUAGUAGAAGUGGAGGAUUGGGGCCAGAGGGGCAGACGACAGAGUCCAAUGAUGCGACAGAAAAAAAAAAAAGUCUAUGCAGCAGCACCACGAAAUCAAGACAAAGAGAGGGUACCGCCGCGCGAACACACGCAAGCGCCAAAUCGGCGAAAGGAUCGAGUGUACAUGAGGUGACCUUAGAGACAGUUCCCGCCACUUGCUGUUGGUGGAGAUGGUGUUGUCCCUGGGUUGUCUCGCGGCAUCUCAAUGUGCUUCAGUCGCUCCCGAAGCGAGGUGAAAAAUGGUGUCCUUUCGCAGCCCGUGUGCCUCCUUGCGCCACUACCGGGUGUAGAUGUUUCCGCUUGCCGCGUAUCCACUCUGCUCUCGAGCACUAUUUCGCUACGUAUUAGUGGCCAACGUUUUUGUCAACAACCGAAGCCGCGGGCGUGCAGAGUGUGUACUGCGGGAUUGAUAUAGACUCUAUCCUGGUGCAGUGUGUAUUUCUUGUUGUGUACAGUAGGCUCAGAUCUGAACUUUUGCUGCGAUGGCACCGUCGACGAUUUGAUGUCUUUGAUCGAGAAUCGAGGAAUGAAUUCGGUCCGAGAUGCAACACUGUACGAUAGGUGUAGCCAUGGUCGUGAUGAUGCCAACAACGUUAGCGUCCAAACACCCCCAUCGGCUUCAUCCAAACAACAACCGCAGCAAGAGCAGGUGUUCCACCUACACCCACAGUAUCUCCAAAUGCACAAGAAAUCCAAGAGAAGGAGGGUCCCUAGUUGACAUUCAAUGCUAACUUCAUGCACCUCUCCGGACAUCAGAGUGGGUUUGGAAACGUACUUGCCGCAAUUGUCAACUCUGACUGUAAAAGAGCCAGGACAGGGUUACGGACGCAGCUACGCCUCAGUAUGCCGUAUGGGGAGCAUUCGCAUGACGUGCGCCAAUGGCUGCNUUGUACCGGCGUCUUAGCGGCGAGUACGUCCGCGAGUCAGUUGCGCAGUCGUCUCGAAGAAGUUACCUGUCGGGUUGGCGGGCUUGGUGUGCUUUUCGCCGCAUGUUUGGCGAGUCGGAGUACCUCUCGGUGGAUGUGGAUGGUGCUGGGCUGGAACAAGCACUUUUGGAGUUUGUGGCGUGGUGUUGUGCAGAUAAGGGUAACAUUGCACCGACUAUAUCCGGCAAGCUCGCCGCGGCACAGUACUUUCAUCGAGUCGACAAGCAGCUUGAGUUGCCUACCGGUGCGCCUCUUAUCAAAUGGAGUUUGUUGGGUGUCGCACGUGUUAACGUUCGAGCGGGUACGAAGAGUCGGACUCGUGUUCCCGUCUCGUGGGAGAUGUUGUUGGAAGGACAGCAGUUGACGGCGUCGUGGGGUACAGGUGGCCGCGUGUUGUGGCUGUGUUUGGCGUUAUCGUACUUCCUGGUGGCGCGUUCACAUGAGGUUUUUGCCACCCUGUCGGGACAAUGCCACCAGGUGCAUUGUUUGCGGCGUAGCGACGUCAAAUUCUUUGAUGGGGAGCACGUGCUCGCCCCGUUGAACUGGCACAAGGCCACAGGAGUUCGGGUUCGGUUUCGCGCCACAAGGGGAAUCAAUCGGAGACGGGGGCGUGCGUUACACGGGGGCGCGAUGUAGCACGAGGCGCGAGCUCUCAGAUUGGAGCCGGUGGCGGUGCCGUGGCGGUGUUGGUGGAAUUGAUGGCGUGCCAUCUCGCUUUACCUGAGAUCGCCCCUCUGUGCUCGUUUCGCUGUAGGAGGAGCAAUACGGUUAAGGUUUGGGGAUACUCCAAAGCUCUUAGCGCCCUUCGCCAGGUUGUGGAGAAGGCAGGUGGCGACCCGAGACAGGUUGGCUCGCAUUCGUUGAGAAUCGGGGCCGCCACCACGUUGGCAGCAGGAGGAGACGUACCGGACAGAAUUAUACAGAGAGAGGGUAGAUGGAAGGAAGGUUCGGGUACGUUCAAAAUAUGUACUAGGAAUAAUAUGGUGGACGUAGACAUGGUAUCCCGUAAACUAGUGAAGAGGAAGAAGACGGAGCAGAAGAAGGGUUAGCAUACACGAAGGUACGGGCAAGGGGACAGAAUGCCAUCCCACUAAACGUCGAUGUUGGUGGAUGUCAAUGGUAUGGAGUACCAUUGGGGGUCUCGGUGUACUGAGACGGCAUUUUGUUAGGGCCUGCCAGUUGACAUGGA